UGUUCUCCAUACCGUAGUGGAAGUCGAUGGUAGCUCGUUACCCACAAUAAUAAUAAUUAUUACAUUUUUAAAAUUCGUUUUUUGUUUUAGUAGCAACACGUUUUUACAUCUAAUAAGUACUACAUCAGAAAUACGAUCAGUAAUACUGAUCACGUAUGAAAAGGAACGAAAUAGUAUUACGUUCAGAUAUCAUCAUGCGUAAAGGACGAUAUUUUAUAAUCACAACUCUUAUAGUCGGAAGUAUAACUGCUCUUCCUAAAGAUAGAACUGUGUUUGAGAUUGAUUCGCCUAAAAUACCGAGUAAAUUGCAUAAAGACAUAUCACAUUUUGCAUCUAAGUUACCAUCACAAGAUACAUGUGGUAAAAGAAAGGCACCAAGCUUUCGAAUAACUGGAGGAAUAGACUCUGAUUUAGGUGUUUAACCUUGGAUGGUAGCUCUUGGAAAAGUGGAUAAAUCUGAUGUCAAGGGAUCUAUAAAAUGGUUUUGUGGUGGUACAUUAAUUUCUAAAAAACAUGUCUUAACUGCCGGCCAUUGUGCGGACAAAUUACAAAGAAAAAUAUUGAGAGUUGCACGCUUAGGUGACUUGAAUUUGGAUUCCACAGUCCGUGAUUGGGUUACACCAUUGGAUGUUCCGAUCGAACGUGCUAUACAACAUAAAGAAUUUAACAGUAUGGAUUUAGCCAAUGACAUUGGAUUAAUGGUAUUGAAAAAUGAUAUUACUUUUACUAUAUUUAUCCAACCAAUAUGUUUACCCCUAUCACCAGAUAUUAAAAACAUUGAUAUCAGAAAUGAUUUGCUAUUUCAUGUUGGAUGGGGAAUAACUGAAGAAGAAGGCAAACUGUCUCAAUCAUCUUUAAAGGAAGUUCGAAUUCCAACAAUAGACAUGGAGUACUGUAAAUGGCUAUAUAGCAAUAGUCAAACUGCUAUGGAUUACAGAAAUAUUUGUGCUGGAGAAAUAGGAAAAGACUCAUGUCAGGGUGAUUCCGGAGGUCCGUUAAUGUGGUUGAAGGAAAAACAAUUUUAUUUGAUAGGCAUUUCUUCUUAUGGUGUGGGAUGUGGAAAUAAUCCCAGCCUGUAUACCAAUGUCAUUUACAAUCUUACAGGUGUUUGGCCAUGGAUGGUAGCUCUCGGAUACAAGGGUAAAAAUGAUGUCAAUAAUUCUAUAAUAUGGGCUUCUGGAGGUACAUUAAUAUCUAACAAACAUGUCUUAACUGCCGGCCAUUCCGUGGCCAAUAUAGGAGAAAGAAUAUUGACAGUUGCACGCUUGGGUGACUUGAAUUUGGAUUCCACAGUCGAUGAUUGGGUAACUCCAUUGGAUGUUCCAAUCGAACGUGUUAUACAACAUGAAAAAUAUAACAAAACAGCUUUUUCCAAUGACAUCGGAUUAGUGGUAUUGAAAAAUGAUAUUACUUUUACUACUUUUAUCCAACCAAUAUGUUUGCCAUUAUCACCAGAUAUGAAAAACAUCGAUGUGGGAAAUAAUUUGCCUUUUAUUACUGGAUGGGGAAGAACUGAUACAUUUGAAGAACCGUCUUCAUCCUUAAAGGAAGUUCGAGUUCCAAUUAUAGACAACGAGUAUUGUCAAUGGAUGAUUUAUAGAGAAAUGAAACAAGUACGAGGAGUAGUUAUCGAUGACAGAAAAUUGUGUGCUGGAGAACAAGGAAAAAGCGCAUGUUCGGGUGAUUCCGGAGGUCCGUUAAUGUGGUUGAAGAAAAAACAAUUUUAUUUGAUCGGCAUUCAAACUUAUGGUCACUUAUAUUGUGGAAUCACGCCAGAUGUGUAUACCAAAGUGUCUUCUUAUAUUGAUUGGAUUUUAGAGAAUAUAUAUAUGAUCUGUCGUUUGUGUUACCGUUUUUUCGUUUUUGAUAUGUCGAAACUCGCUGUUGUAUGGUGUUUGGUUUUCGCAUACACCGCCCAUUCGCAAUCUUGGGACAGGAACGACGACGAACUGUGCAAAGUGAUCACCAAGACCGACGGCGAUUAUACGUGUAAACCAAUCGACCAAUGUCCGGUGGUCCUUCGUGCAGCUGAAAACCUUUCGGUGUAUCCAAAGAUAUGCAGGUUCCGUGGACGAACACCAAUUGUGUGCUGUCCGACUUCGCAAGAUGUCCUCAGUAGAAAUUCCACCGAAAUGUGCAGAAAAUACUAUUCGUUGACUACGAAAGGCGGUGGAACUAUUGAUGCUGGCACUUGUCGAACGAAAAAUACGAUCGGCAAAAAUCUUCUUACCAUUGUCGGUGGGACCAAGGCAGAAGAAAUGGAAUUUCCUCAUAUGGUUCUUUUAGGAUUUGGAAAGAAAAUUAAAAAUGUUGAAUGGUCCUGCGGUGGAUCGUUGAUUAGUGAUCGUUAUGUGCUUUCAGCAGCACAUUGUUCUGAAAUUGGAAAAAAAAGUCCAGUUAAAUGGGCUUUGCUAGGUGACAAUGACAUAGGUUCCAAUGAAGGUGUUGCCGACCCUCAAGUUCGCGAAAUUGUCCAGCGCAUCUUGCAUCCAAAUUACAAGCCUCCGUCGAUGUACAACGACAUCGGUCUGUACCGAUUAAACACACCAGUUCAAUUUAAUCGAUUUAUCUUACCGGUUUGCAUAAACUCCGAUGAACAAUUAACCACUAAACAAGCAAUUGCCAUUGGUUGGGGAAGAACUAGUUCAGCUGGUCAAACAAGUAAUGUUUUAAUGAAAGUAUCAUUAGAUUUUGUGGAACAAAAUGAAUGCAAUCGUAGCUAUUCGUCUUCCACGAGUCCAAAUUUGGAAUUUGGAAUAAAUCCAAGCAGUCAAAUUUGCGCCGGAAAAAUGGAAGGUGGAAAAGAUACCUGUCAAGGCGAUUCAGGUGGACCGUUACAGAUUGCACAUCCUGAAUUUGAGUGUAUGUACACGCAAGUUGGUAUUACGUCGUUCGGAAGACUGUGUGGUGAACCAAAUGUUCCUGGCGUCUAUACGAAGGUGUCCAAUUACGUGUCUUGGAUCAAUAGCAUCGUUUGGCCGACCUCUCGAUGAAUAUUAUUAAUUUUGCAAUUGCAGCCACUUAAAAUGAUGUUUAUACUGCAAAAUAUUUUUUCCUACGUCUUUCUUUUGCCUAUAAGAACAUAUGUUCUUACAAAAUGUUUUUAUAUUUAUCUAUACUAAUUUAAAUAAUUGUCGGAAUUAUCAUUUAUAAGUAGAAGGUAUUACAUUUAACAAUUUGUAAGAAUAUUAAUGUUCACUACCUAGUCUAUACCGAAUGUUAUUGUAAUAAAAUGUAUUAAUAAACAUUAAACUGGACAAAAUAUAUGCCUA